CACCUACACUCCAUAGAGGACUGUACAGCUUCUCAGUUAAACAUGAAGCCGAUUUUCUGGUUUUGCACCACCCUUCUUACUGCCAUUCUUUUGCCGGUUUCCGGCCAAAGUGUUGAUCACCGAUGUAGAUCCUACUGUGGGAAUAUCACCGUCGACUACCCUUUCGGCAUCCGGCAUGGAUGCGGCCACGCUGGAUACAGGGACCUCCUCUUCUGCAUCAACGACAUGCUCAUGUUGCAUAUACAAUCUGGUUCUUAUCGUGUCCUAAACAUUGAUUAUGCUUACAGAGUACUGACCCUCCACGAUGCCGGCAUGUCGACGUGCAGUGUGCUGAAACGGGGCGCCGGCAACGGGUUCGUGCUAGAAAAGCCGCGGGCUCGGUACUUAAAGCCCACAUCUGAUAAUGUCUUCAUGUUAAUCGGUUGUAACGCAGAUUCACCAUUGUUCCAAGGCUUCCCUACCAGGAACCUACCAUGUCAAAAUGUUUCCGGCAUGGGCUGUGAGGGGUUCUACGAAUGUCCGGCCUGGUAUGGGCAGCGGCAGUAUGGGAGGAGCCAAUUAGGACCCAAUGGUGGCGCCACCACUCCGGCGGGGCCGCCGGAUUGUUGCGCGGUUUCUUUCGAGGCAAUUCGAGCUAUCAAUUUGAGCAGGCUGCAGUGUGAUGGUUAUAGUAGUGCAUAUGCAUUGGCUCCACUGCAUUUGGAGAGUGCGAGCCAGUGGAUGUAUGGAAUCCAUGUCACAUUCUCUAUACCGGAAAGUCACUCGUUUUGCCAGGCCUGUGAGGCUACCGGCGGCACUUGCGGGUACGACGUCGAUGCCGGCGGGGAACUGUGCCUGUGCAAUGGCUGGAACUCGACGAUAAGCUGCGAUCCAGCAUUGCCAUUAGCAGCUCAUAGUCAAGGAGGAAUUCCAUCGGAGAAUGCUUUUACAGUCUUUACCGCUUGCCUGAUGGUAUGGUUAGCCAUGGUGAGAUUGAAGUGAGCCUUGACUUGGGAAAAUUUUGACAGAAAAUGUUUCCUUGCUACUGUAUUUUGUCUAGUGAUAUUCAGUUUUGUGAGUCUAUCUUCUUUGUUUUCCCUUGAUGUUAGUCUCUCAUAAGAUGCCAAUUCCUCGACCAUUUAUAGUUUGAGUUUGCAAAAACUUUAUAAGCUGCAAGAGAAAAGUUAUUAUUUUGAUCGUUAGUAUAGUUGUUUAGAGAUGAUUUUAUGAUGGUAGUUGUUGGAACACCUUUUUUGUCUAGAUCAUAAUGGAAAUGUUUUCUCAAACUAAA